AUGAUUAAAGAUCAAGAAAUCAAGAAAUCAGAAUCAGAAUCAACUGUAGUUGAAGAUACUACAGAAUUGUACACAACUAUAUCACAAGAUGAGAACAGGAGAAUUAUGAUUUACUGUCAGAAUUAUCUUCAAGCAAUUACAAAGAAACUGUAUGAUUGGGAUAGCAACAUUCACACCUAUAUUCAAGAAUACACUACUAUCACCAGUACAGUACAAGCCAAUGAAAGACUUGAUGAAUUUACUAAGAUAUCUUGGUUCCUUCAGGAGCUGCCUGAGAAGCUCCAGAAUAAGAUUAUUAACAAGACAAAGCUCAAUCUUUCAGACAAUAUGUUAUCUAUUGAUUUUAGAAAGGUUGUUCAAGUGACCAUAGAUUUAAUUAAUCAGUAUGAAGAGAAUAAGAAGAUCUUUAAAGAAGAUAAAAUAAAGCAGAAAGAAAUGAAGAAGCUUGAUGAGUAA